CCCCUUGUACACACCUUUCUCACAGCCAGACCUUUCCAAACGUAUUUUUCUUUCAUUUCCACUUUCUCCACCACCCUUGCUCUCCUUCGCUAUUUUUUCCUCCCUCUGGCUCUGCCUUCCUUUUUUCCCUACAGCACCGUGUUAUGUCUGAGUAUUGGUGUCAAGCACGCAUGCUCACAUCAGCUCUUGGGCUCAGUUUAAUGAGAGAGAGAAGCAGACAGAUAGGGGGGAGAAUAACUGAAGAGAAAGCCACCGCAAUGUCUGCCAUCUCCCUGCUGCCCUCUACCUCCUCCUCUUGAUCCCCCUCCCUCUUGACUAGGGUAACACAAAUAAGGAAUAAGGGGCUGCCCUAGGCAUGGCCAGCUCAGUGAAGAGAGGGGGUGGAACAAGCCUCUGAACCCUCUGCAGACCGGCUCAGCCUGCAGAAACAGCGCUGCCAUCUGUAUAGCACUACUGCAACCUGAACUGUCAGCGCUAGUCAUUUUUUUGUUUCUUCUCCUGGAUUGUGAUUAUUUAAUUAUUUUGUUUUUUUGCACUUGCCUUGGCAAAUAAAGAAGACCAGGAGCCAGACAGCUGUAGCAGUGAGUGAGCGUUUGCAAUGGGAUCGGAUGAGUGGGUAGAUGGGCAUCUGGAUCGGAUACAGGAGGUUGGGUACGCUCUGGGUUGAGGACAUCUCCAGAGGUAAAGCGGCAUAAGCGGCCUCGCUGGACCAGAACCCAGCUGGGGCGUCAUCAUGUGGAUUGAUCACUGAGGAAAUCUAGAGCAACACCUGAGAGUAGCGGAAGAGCAUGGUUAUGGAUUACUACUAAGUGGAUCAGCACUACCUUGGAUCACCAUCUGGAUUUCAAUAUUCAAACAGAAUCAACUUUUUUUUUUUGUAUCGGAAAGAGUACAAGCACCUGGAUUUAACAUCGGCAGUGGUUGGGGGGCUACGUGGAUUUCCUCCAAGCACCUGCAGGAGGUGGAUGAAGUACUGGAUCGUUCGAAUUGGGAUCUAAAAGCGUCAGGGAAGGUGGAUCCGGAUCAGCAGCAGUAUUGGUUUAGCAGAUUGUUAGUAAUAAAGGCAGCUCGGAGUUCCAGGAGCUGCAGCUGCAGGAGGCGCCGCUAGCAUGUGUGCUGUACAAGUAAAGCUAGAACUGGGUCACCGAGCCCAGGUCAGAAAAAAACCCACACUAGAAGGAUUCACCCACGAUUGGAUGGUGUUUGUUAGAGGGCCAGAGCACAGCAAUAUUCAGCAUUUUGUGGAGAAAGUUGUCUUUCAUUUGCACGAGAGCUUCCCCCGACCUAAAAGAGUGUGUAAAGACCCACCAUACAAAGUUGAAGAAUCCGGAUAUGCUGGUUUUAUUUUGCCAAUAGAAGUCUACUUUAAAAAUAAGAUAGAGCACUGUUUUUCAAACCUGUCCUCAGGCCUCACCAACAGGCCAGGUUUUCCGGAUUACCUUGGAUCAGAGCAGGAAGAACCUAAGAAAGUUCGGUUUGAUUAUGAUUUAUUUCUGCAUCUUGAAGGCCACCCACCUGUAAACCAUCUCCGUUGUGAGAAACUAACCUUCAACAAUCCCACUGAGGAAUUCAGGAGGAAACUGUUAAAAGCCGGAGGGAUCAUGGUCAUGUCAGAGGGCUCAUCCUUCUCUUCAGGCACAAGCCUUCACCUCCCUAGCCUUCCUAGUAAUUCACUGUCUUUCUCAGAUGUUAAGAAGAGCAAAUCAUCUCAUGGAUCCAAGGACCCAAAUAAACUUGUUAGCAUAAACAGCAACAGCAUUAGCUUGUCAAAACCCCACAAAUCGUCAAAGGAGCACAAAGAGAAAUCUUCAAAAGACUCAAAAGAACAUAGAAGUGCCUUCAAAGAACCUUCCAGGGAACAUAACAAAUCUUCCAAAGAAUCCUCUAAAAAACCCAAAGAAAACAAACCACUUAAAGAUGAAAAAAUUGUCCCUAAAAUGGCAUUUAAGGAACCUAAACCUAUGUCAAAAGAAUCUAGGUGUGAGAACAAUAACAUCCUUACAGUGUCAAGUGGACACCAACAAGAAAAGAAGGUCUCUAGUAAGAGGCCUCCACAUAUGGACUCCGAGGACUCGCUGGUUAGGAAACGGAAAAAAAGCAAUUCUGAGUCAUCGCUUAAAAAUGUAUCUAAUUCCUCGCUCCUGGUUUUGUCAUCUUCAGAAAUAAAAAAAACUUUGAGGGACAAGUCUCAGCCUAAAACUGGAAAGGUAAAAAUUGAAAGUGAAGUCAUGGAUAAGAAGAAGUUAUCUCUACCCCCCUUUGAAGAUAUUGUGGACCCUAACGACACAGACGUUGAGGAUAACAUGUCAUCUAAAUCAGAGUCAGGUCAACCAAGUCCUGCCAGUUCCAGUUCCAGUUCUAGUUCCAGUUUGGCUCCAUCUCAUAACCACAGACAAGGACAUCUUAGGCCGACAAUAAAAGAUUUACAUUCUGAUGAGAAUGAAGAUGAAUCUGAUGACGCAGACGAAAACGACUCUGAGGGCGAGAGGAUAGUCCACAUGCACAGUGGAAGCAGGGCCCGCAGAAUCAGCUUAAGUGAUGGAAGCAAUAGUGAAAGUAGUUCCGUUUCAUCACCUUUACGGAAUGACCCUCCCACAUUGUUAAAAACUAGCAAUAACCAGAUCCUGGAGGUAAAAAGUCCGAUUAAACAGAACAAAUCUGAAAAGCAGAUAAAGAAUGGAGACUGCGAUAAGGCUUAUCUAGAUGAAUUAGUUGAAUUGCACAGAAGAUUAAUGACGCUACGGGAAAGACAUGUACUUCAACAGAUAGUGAAUCUUAUAGAAGAAACUGGACAUUUCCAUAUCACAAACACAACCUUUGACUUUGACUUAUGCUCCUUGGACAAAUCUACAGUACGUAAACUACAGAGUUACCUGGAAACGUCAGGAGCAUCUUGAGGGUGUGUCAGAAUUAUGCGGACAUUGAUGGUCAUAGAUAAAUAAGUGAAUUAAUAAAUUACUGAACUGUUGAUAAUUAUUCAGGAUUUAAAAAAAAAAAAAAAAACCCUCAAAGAGGGAUAAAGAAAACCUCCUUUUUUUUUCUUUCUUUUUUUUUAAGGAUAAAAGAGGAAAAACGUUGCGACAAGAAGGGUGAUCCUUCUCAUUAAUAUGUUAUUGGAGAUUAAACCUGGAAAGCCUUGAAAAAAUAAACACAACAUUACCUAUUUUGUAAACUGUGUUUGGUAUCAUGUGUCGCUUAGUGGCAUUUAAGUCCACAAGAUGUAUGCAUGUUCAACACAACACUGCCUUACUACGUGACUCAUCUAUUUAUUGUUCUAUACCUAGAUUCCAAAAGUCACUGGGGAAAUGACACUACCAGAUCUACAAGCCACUAUGUGCAUCCCAAAUACGUGCUCCGUUUUUUCGAGCUGGGCUGCCUUCAGAAAUCUUAUGGCUAAAACCAUAUGAACAGUUCUCUAAUCAACACUUGAUUUAUGUUUUCAAUGCUAUGUGUUCAGGACUUGUCAACACAAUAAUAAAGUUCCCAAACGUGGACCAAGUUUAAUUUUA